GUCCACACCCAGAACUUCACUUGUCUGAUCUGCAAGGCAAAAGCUAGUUCUACCAAAACAGAAUUGUACUAGGAAGGUAUUAGGUGGGUUCCUGUUCUUCUGCUGCUUACUCCCAGGGCCCUAAAAUGAAAACUUCCCUGGAAAGUGAGAAGAUAUCUCCUAGGAUUCAGCUUCGAAUAGGGGCAUGCGACAGAGGAAGACUGUAGUUUUGUGAGCAGCCAGCAGCAAUGUCGUACCCAAAUGCUCCACCUCCAUACUAUGAUCGAGAUCCACUGCAUGAAGCGGGUGCUUACCCUCAACCAGGCGGGUACCCUUCACCAAGUGGUUACCCUCAGCCAGGUGGAUAUCCGCCCCCUGGUGCAUACGGGCAACCAGCUGGAUACUACCCUCAGCCUGGUGGGUACCCAGCACCUGCAGGUUACGCUCAACCCGGUGGGUUCCCAGAGCCUGGGCAUAAUGAUCAUCCAAAGCCUGUGAUGCCCAUUUUACCUACAAUCCCUCUAAACACAGGUGAUAAUGAAAUGUACAACACAAGUGACAGAGAGGGAGGAAAUUUUGGUUCGUGGGAUGACAAGACUGUACGUCAUGCCUUCAUCCGGAGGGUCUACGCUAUCAUAGCUGUGCAGUUACUGGUCACUGUUGGCAUCAUUGCGAUCUUCACUUACGUGGAACCUGUCACCACAUUUAUACGAAAAACACCUGGAAUUUACUAUGCAUCAUAUGCUGUGUUCUUUGUCACAUAUAUCGUGCUUGUCUGCUGUGAGGGUCCCAGGCGACGUUUCCCAUGGAAUAUCAUCUUGCUGAGUAUAUUUACACUUGCCAUGUCCUUUAUGGCUGGAACCAUUGCAAGUUUCUACAGCUCCAAAGCUGUUCUGAUCUCCAUGGGAAUCACUGCCAUUGUGACUAUAAUAGUCACCAUCUUCUGUUUCCAGACUAAGGUGGAUUUUACAUCCUGCGCAGGAUUGUUUGCUGUUUUGGGAAUCGUCAUGUUCGUGACAGGAAUUGUUACAGCCAUCGUCUUGGCGUUUAAAUAUGUGUAUUGGCUGCACAUGCUCUAUGCUGCACUCGGAGCAAUCGUCUUCACCCUGUUCCUUGCGUUUGACACUCAGCUGGUGAUUGGAAACCGGAAGCACACCAUCAGCCCUGAAGAGUACGUCUAUGGCGCCCUGAAGAUUUACACCGACAUUGUGUACAUCUUCCUAAACCUCCUGCAGAUUGUGGGCAGCAGGACGUAGACGAGAGCAUAUUCCUUAAAAAUGAUAACACCCACUCCCUCCUUCAUCUCUUUUAUGUAUAAUACCUCCCCCUCUACCCCUAUAUAAAGAGUCCAACUUUGCCUCAGUUGACACAUUUGAAAUUUUUCCCCAUGUUCUGCUCCACUCAUCUAGGAGAUGUAGUUACUAUUAUCAUUAUUACAAGUCUAUUCUGUGAUGCCACAAAUAUAUUUACAGAACAUUCCAAAUCCACUUUGUGGAUUAGCAGUUCCUUGAAAGUGCCACACACAGCACUAAUGUCAUACCAACCUGUAAUUCCUUGGUCCUACCCUGCAUGCUUAUUGCCCAUAUAGAGAGUUGUUUUGUGUGAAAGAUCUGCAGUCUCCUUUCUCUGAUUGUGCCUGAACGAUGUAAAGGGAAAGUUUAGCUUUGAACUUGUUGCAGAAGGGAGCUGUCUAAGCAACGUUGCAGAUUGUCUUUGUUUUCAAACUAAAGCUGCUGUGCUGUUGCUAUGGUCAUUGACCUGGACAUGAAAAGCCAACUGAUUCUAAGAUUUUAAUAUUUUUAUGGUCAAUAUGACCUUGUUUAUCUUUCUUUCCAGGGGCAUGUUUAUUCAUCCUUAAUUCAGAUAGACAAAUGCCUUCUUCCAGGUUCUGUUAAAUAUAUCAACCAGGUAGCUGUUUUAUUGACAAAUCAGAGCUGAACAAAACAUUUAAUCAUGUACAUUUUAGGUUAAACUUCCCCUUUAAAAUCAGCUACUGUUUAUCGGCAUAAACCAAGCCUUGCACUCUGUAUAUACUGUAUGUUUACUAUAUAUUUCUCUGAUACAUUUAGUCUUGGGGGGCCUCUCCCAGUAGCUCAUAAGCCCUGGCUGGGCACCAGUGGCCCUGAUACUAGUGCUAUUUUAUAUGUGAGAAUUAUAGGGCCAUGGAGUGAUUUACCAGUGAAAAAUAUAAUGCACUAUUUUGUGGCCUGAGAACUGACUUUGUUUACUGUUAUAAUAGAGAAUAUAAUCCUGCAUAUUGUUUUAUACCUUGUUAUAUUGAGUUGAUGGGUGAGUGUUACAUAUCACCUGCAUUUUAGGUGCGUCCCUGUUACACGGAUGCACACAGCAUUCUAGUCCCUUUCUGUUCUCUAAUAGGCAUUUGCAUCCUGCCCCCUAUAACAAGUCUGGGUUCUGGGAUAUCCCCCCCUUAACGCAUGGCUGGCUGGAUUUUCAUCCCUGUGUUUGAACAGAGAUUCUGGCCUGUUAGGGGUUUAUUAAAGGGAAGGGCAGUUCCAUCCCCUAUUACCAAGUAGAAAUAAAUUCUCCCAUAGAUAAUGGCACUGGACCAGAAUAUUCUGGUUAUUUCUCAGCUAACAGGGCAGUUAUUAAAUUGCAGAAGAGUUUGCCUUUCCGUGCAGUCAGUUUGGGUGCUGUAUUCUCAACCAUCAAGGGCUUCAGUGCUCGCUGCCUGCGGGUUUUAAAAUCACUCGGAGAAUGUGGGACAGAAUGUAUAUUAUAUGUAAAUAUUUUCUUUGUACCGAGCGACUGGGAAUCCUGACAAAGCCUUAAUGUCAAUAUUACAGACAAGAUUUAUAUUUUCUAUGUAAAUAAAACUAUAUUAGACCUUG